GCCGCGGCCUCGGUCUCGCAGGAAAAGCUCCAAGUGACAGUACCUACGAGAGAGAAAUCAAUCCAACCAUGGCGGCAUUCGCGCGGACGCUCAACCUCAUGUACCGCAUGGCCAUCCCGGCCUCGGCCGGCGCAUUCCUCCUCUCACAGUCCAUCUACGACGUCCGCGGCGGCACGAGGGCCGUCAUCUUCGACAGGCUGUCCGGAGUCAAGGAGGACGUUGUCAACGAGGGCACGCACUUCCUCGUCCCCUGGCUGCAACGCAGCAUCAUCUUUGACGUGCGCACCAAGCCCCGGAACAUUGCCACGACGACCGGCAGCAAGGAUCUCCAGAUGGUCAGCCUGACGCUGCGAGUCCUGCACCGGCCGGACGUCAAGGCCCUGCCAAAGAUUUACCAGAAUCUCGGCGCAGACUAUGACGAAAGAGUCCUCCCCUCCAUCGGCAACGAAGUCCUCAAGGCCAUCGUCGCCCAAUUCGACGCCGCCGAGCUCAUCACCCAGCGCGAGGCCGUCUCCCAGCGCAUCCGCAGCGACCUGACGCGUCGCGCCGCCGAGUUCAACAUUGCCCUCGAGGACGUCUCCAUCACGCACAUGACGUUUGGCCGCGAGUUCACAAAGGCCGUCGAGCAGAAGCAGAUUGCCCAGCAGGACGCCGAGCGCGCGCGCUUCAUUGUCGAAAAGGCCGAGCAGGAGCGCCAGGCCAGCGUCAUCCGCGCCGAGGGCGAGGCCGAGAGCGCCGAGACGAUCAGCAAGGCCAUUGCAAAGGCCGGCGACGGGCUCGUCCAGAUCAGGAAGAUCGAGGCCAGCCGCGAGAUCGCGCAGGCGUUGUCGGCGAACCCCAACGUGGCGUAUCUGCCUUCGGGGGGCAAGGGAGGUGGCGGCAGCCAGUAUCUGCUGUCUGUGGGAAGGGUCUAAAGUGAGGAUGAGAUUGUGGGAGAGUAAUGGAAGGAUAAUGAUGCAAGAACACCCCGCUCAUUGCUGGGAUACGGGAAGAAGGGAAAAUCCCAAUCACGACGACAAUAUUGUACUUUUAGCUAAAAGGGGCCAAAGAAGCCUCGCAAGAAGAGAGAAAAUAAAGCAAUAUGCUCUCCU